AUGAGCUCCAACACUCUGAAGCAAGCUGCGGAAGCCGCACGAACCAAGUCGUCCACCAUGGGCAAGCAAGGCUCGGAGACCGUUGCCGCCGUAGGUAACGACUUCCUGCACACCCCGAUCAUGCGGGCGGCCUUGCCCUUCAUUAACGGAGGUGUCUCUGGAAUGGUUGCCACCACCGUUAUCCAGCCCGUGGACAUGAUUAAAGUCAGGUUGCAACUGGCGGGCGAGGGGGUUGCCACUGGACCUAAACCUACUCCGUUAUCUGUUACACGAGAUAUCCUUGCGCAAGGCAAGGCCCUUGACUUAUACACUGGUCUAUCGGCAGGUCUACUCCGUCAAGCUGUCUACACCACAGCAAGACUAGGCUUUUUCGAUACUUUUAUGAAAGGCUUGGCGACGCGUGCUCAGGAGAAGGGUACUAAGGUUGGCUUCGUUGAGCGGGCGAGCGCUGGUCUCGCGGCGGGUGGUGUGGCAGCGUUCAUCGGAAAUCCGGCCGAUCUCGCCCUCAUCCGAAUGCAAUCAGACGGUCUCAAACCUGUUGCUGAGAGGAAGAACUACAAAUCUGUUAUCGAUGCGUUGACAUCGAUUGUUAAGUCCGAAGGCGUUACCGCGCUCUGGGCGGGCGCUGCGCCAACGGUGGUCCGAGCCAUGUCACUCAACCUAGGUCAAUUGGCGUUUUUCUCUGAGGCCAAGUCGCAACUCAAAGCGAAAACCAGUUGGUCAGCCCAAUCUCAAACCUUGACGGCCAGCGCCAUCGCCGGUUUCUUCGCUUCUUUCCUCAGCUUGCCCUUCGAUUUCGUAAAAACGAGGUUACAGAAGCAGCAGCGCGGCCCUGACGGCAAGCUCCCGUACAAGAGCAUGACGGACUGCUUUGUCAAAGUUGCGAGGCAGGAAGGCCUCACGCGUUUCUACCGUGGAUUUGGCACGUAUUACGUGCGUAUCGCCCCCCACGCCAUGGUUACACUAAUCGUGGUGGACUACCUUGGUUGGUUGACGAGAUGA